AUGGAGAAUAGAUGUGAGGAGCAACCACAAAACGGUCGUAAUUUGCGUAGAAGGGAAAGAGUUCCACCGAGGGAGGAGGAUGAAGAGCGUUAUGGGUCUGGUUUUGAUGAAGAAGAAGAUCGAGAUUCCAUUGUUAGCAAUAAGAGACCUGGAGGAAGAUUUAGAGAAGCUAGGAAUCGCGAAGAUAACAACUUGGGUGGUAUUAAGAUGAAGAUUUCGUCCUUUCAGGGUAGGUCUGAUCUUGAGGCAUAUCUUGAGUGGGAGAAGAAGAUGGAGUUCAUGUUUGAUUGCCACAAUUACUCCGAGACAAAGAAGCUUGUGAUAAACAGGAGGCGAAAUAGAGAACACCCAAUAGACACAUGGGAGGAGAUGAAAGUAGUGAUGAGAAAGCGAUUCGUUCCAAGUUACUACUACCGAGAGUUGUACAAAAAGCUACAAGGUCUUAGACAAGGGAGUCGAAGCGUAGAGGAUUACUACAAGGAGAUGGAGAUUGCUAUGAUCCGCGCUAAUGUAGAGGAGGAUCAGGAGGCUAAAAUGGCUAGAUUUUUGCUUGGCUUAAACCGGGAGAUCCAUGAUAAGGUAGAGCUGCAGCAUUAUGUAGAAUUGGAAGAUAUGGUGCAUAUGGCUAUCAAAGUGGAACAACAACUCAAGAGAGGGAAUGGGACACGUGCAGGCCAUAACUCUAGUUCUACCUCUUGGAAAUUGAGUCAUGCUAAGCCGCUAGACAAGUCACAAACGCCCAAACUCGAGCUCAAGUCCGCGACCACCAGCCACAUUCCUCAAGGUAAAACUGAAGCCUCUACCUCUAGGAAUCGUGAUAUUAAAUGUUUUAGAUGUCAAGGCAGGGGCCACAUAGCAAGUCAAUGUCCAAACAAGCAAGUCAUGGUGUUGCAAGCCAAUGGUGAAAUUGUGACCAAUGAUGAAGAUUCUGACACCGAUGACAUGCCGCCAUUAGAGGAUGUUUAUGAGGAGGAGUAUUUAGCCCCUGGCGCAUUGACAUUGGUGGCGAGGAGAGCAUUGAGCUUGCAAGCAAAAGGAGUUGAUGAAAUACAGUGGGAGAACAUCUUUCACAUUAGGUGCUACGUUAAAGACAAGAUAUGUAGUGUGAUUAUUGAUGGUGGUAGUUGUACUAAUGUUGCAAGUGCAAUUAUGGUGGAGAAAUUGGGAUUGCCCAUGGUAAAACACCCUAGACUGUAUAAGUUGCAAUGGCUAAAUGAUAGUGGUGAGAUCAGGGUGAACAAGCAAGUGUUAGUUGCAUUUCGAAUCGGUAAAUACGAAGAUGAGGUGUUGUGUGAUGUAGUACCGAUACAAGCGGGACAUUUAUUGCUAGGGCGUCCAUGGCAGUUCGAUAGGCAAGUGAAGCAUGAUGGCUUUACGAACAAGUACUCUUUUGUACUUAAUCAACGAUCAAUCACUCUUGUACCAUUGACACCGCAGCAAGUAUACGAGGAUCAAGAGUACGAGGAUGUCUUCCUCGAGGAAACACCACAUGGGUUACCUCCAAGCCGAAGGAUUGAACAUCAAAUUGAUUUUGUUCCCGGCAGAUUUGUUGUUGUCUAUUUUGAUGAUAUACUCAUUUAUAGCAAAAACAUAGACGAUCAUGUAGUACAUUUGAAAUCCGUUUUAGAUGUGCUAAGGAAAGAAAGAUUGUUUGCUAAUUUAAAGAAGUGCACUUUUUUCACCGAUAAGCUUGUAUUUUUGGGAUUUGUUGUUAGUGCACAAGGUAUACAGGUCGAUGAAGAGAAGGGAGAAGACCAAGAGAAGGCAUUUCAAUUAAUCAAAGAGAAGCAGACUAACGCACCUUUGUUGUCUUUGCCCAACUUUUCUAAAACGUUUGAAAUUGAAUGUGAUGCUUCAGGUAUUGGUAUAGGAGUCGUUCUUAUGCAAGAAGGACGACCAAUUGCUUAUUUCAGCGAGAGACUCAGCGAGGCAGCCUUAAACUGCCCAACUUCUGAGAAUGAGUUGUAUGCAUUAGUUCGGGUUUUAGAGACGUGGCAGCACUACCUAUGGCCUAAGGAGUUUGUGAUUCACACUGAUCAUGAGUUCUUGAAACACUUGAAGGGCCAACACAAGCUAAACAAAAGGCAUGCGCAAUGGAUGGAGUUCAUAGAGACGUUUCCAUACGUCAUUCAGUACAAGCAAGGUAAGGAGAAUGUAGUCGCCGAUGCACUUUCUCGCAGGUAUGCCUUACUCUCCACACUUGAUGCAAAAUUGCUUGGUUUUGAACACAUUAAAGAAUUAUAUGCUGAAGACCACGAAUUUUGUGAGGAAUAUCGAGCUUGUGAGAAAAUCGCCUCUGGUAAGUUCUUUAAACUUGAUGGAUUCCUAUUUUGA